CAACUCGCCUCCGCCACCACCGCCGCCUCCGCCUCUUCCCCCAUCGGAAUCCUAGUAAACAGCAGGGAGGCGCUGGCGGCUGCGCUCAAAUGCACUCGGCCUAGCUAGCCAAACUUCUCCUGCACCCAGAGAAACUAGAUCGGAUGGCGAGGAAGAGGAAGCGGCGGGGCGACGGCGCCGCCACGGAGGCGCCGGUGGAGGUGGCCCAGCAGGAGGCUCCCGCGGCUGCUGCUGAUUCAGCCGCGGCUGCGAAGACUGGGCGACAGCGGGGAGGCGACGCCACGGCCGAGCAGGAGGCGGCCGCCGCCGUGCACGCGCCCGGUCCUGCUGAUUCAGGGAAGGAGACAACGGACGUGGAGGGAAAGAAGCCUAAGCGCAGGAAGAAGAAGAAGAAGAAGAAGAAGAAGAAGACGGAUCAAUCUCCGUGUCCUCCUGCAUCGAAUGCUGAUGCUGCUGCCACGGGUAAAUCUGGUGAUGACUGCACAGAUGGGGUGGGUGUUCUAGGAGACGCUCAAGUUACUAUGAACCCAAGAAAUGGGGACCAUCCAGAGAGGAAGAAGCCUAAGCGCGGGAAGAAGAAGAAGAAUAUGCAGCAACCGUCCCCUUCUGCUGUCUCUGAUGGCAAUGCUCUUGAGCUUGACAAAUCCAGAACUGACUGUAAAGACGUUGAAGAUGUACCAGGAGAUGACGAAACUAUUAGGAGUCCCAUAAAUGAAGAGGAUCCAGGCUUUUCUGCUGAGCAGGAUAUACCGGGGAGGAAGAAGCCUAGGCGCAAGAAACGGAAGAAUAACAACCAGGAGCAAUCCCCUUCUGCUGUAACGGAUGGCGACACAAUUGUGGUUGGUACGUCUGGAAAUGACUGCACACAUGGGAAAGGUGUUCCAGGAGUUGCUGACGUUAGUAUGAGUUCCAGAAAUGGAGAGGAUCAAGACUGUCCUGAGGUAAACAUUGGAGAGAAAGGGGCACCAGAGAGGAAGAAGCCUAAGCGCAGGCAGAAGAAGAAGAAUAUGCAGCAACCAUCCCCUUCUGCUGUCUCUAAUGGCAAUGCUGUUGAGCUUGACAAAUCCAGAACUGACUGUAAAGAUGUACCAGAAGAUGACGAAACUAUUGGGAGUCCCAGAAAUGAAGAGGAUCCAGGCUUUUCUGCUGAGCAGGAUAUACCGGAGAGGAAGAAGCCUAGGCGCAAGAAAUGGAAGAAUAACAAGCAGGAGCAAUCCCCUUCUGCUGUAACAGAUGGUGACGCAAUUGUGGUUGGUACAUGUGGAAAUGACUGCACACAUGGGAACAGUGUUCCAAGAGUUGCUGACGUUACUAUGAGUUACAGAAAUGGGGAGGAUCAAGACUGUCCUGAGGUAAACAUUGCAGAGAAAGAGACACCAGGGAGGAAGAAGCCUAAGCUCAAGAAACGGAAGGAAAAUAAGGAGCGAUCCACUGCCACUGUUUCUGAUGAUGGUGCCGUUCUGUUACACAAAUCUGAAAAUGACUGCAUUGAUGGGGAUGAUGCUUCAGGAGAUGCUCAAGUUAGUGUGAGCACCACAAAUGUAGAAGAUCCAUACUGUCCCGAGGUCAACAUUGCAGAGAAGGGAACAAAUGAGAGGAAAAAGCCUAAGCCCAAGAAACGGAAGGAGAAUAAGGAGCGAUCCACUGCCACUGUGUCUGAUGAUGGUGCUGUUCUGUUACACAAAUCUGAAAAUGACUGCAUUGAUGGGGUUGAUGCUUCAGGAGAUGCUCAAGUUAGUGUGAGCACCACAAAUGUAGAAGAUCCAUACUGUCCCGAGGUCGACAUUGCAGAGAAGGGAACAAAUGAGAGGAAAAAGCCUAAGCCCAAGAAACGGAAGAAUAAAAAGGAAGGUUCCUCUUCUGUUAUACUGGAUGCUGGUGCUGUUGUACCAGAUGAAUCUAGAAAUAGCUGUAAGGAUGGGGAUUGUGCACCACGAGACAUUGAAGCUAGUAUUUCCCCCCCAAAUGGAGAGGAUUCAUUGUGUCCUGCGGUAAACAAUGCAGAGAAGGGGAUACCAGAGAUGAAUGAGCCUAAGCGGAAGAAACAGAAGAAGAACAACCAGCAGCCAUCACCUUCUGCUGUGUUGGAUGCCACUGAUGUUGUGAUGGACAAAUCAGGGCAUGACAGCACAAAUGUGGGAGCUCCAUCAGGGGCUUCUGAUGUUACUAUCAGUCCCAGAAUUGGAGAGGGUCCAGAAUAUACCAAGUUAAACUCUACCGAUGAUUUCUUGGAGGAAAAUAAAGUGAAUAAAGACUACUCUCAGAAAUCUAAGCUCAAGAAACAGAUGAAAAAUAAGCACGAGCAAUCUCCUUCUGCUCUACUGGAUACUUGUGCUGCUGUGGAGGAUAAAUCUGGAAAUAGUUACGUAGAUGGGAAAGGUUCGCUAGGAGCUGCUGAUAUUAGUACGAGUUCCAGAACUGGAAAGGAUCAUGACUGUCCUGAGGUAAACAUAGCUAAUGAUUUGGUGGAGGUAAAGAAUGGGAAUAACAACAACUCACAGAAACCUAAGAACAGGGAACGGAAAAGGAAGAAGAUGGCUCCAGUAGCUGUUACUGAGACACCCCCUGUGGGUGGUGUCAGCUCAGAUGAAAGGAAGGAUGCGUUUGAGACAGGCUCCAUGAAGGUUACAGCUAAGUCAACUAUUAUUUCCAUGACCUCCACCUCAGGAGAAAAUUACAAAGAAAAUGUCCGGGACAUCUACUCACCAGAAGGGUCACUUGUAAGGUUUCAGAGGAAAAAACUUCUUAUUCUUGAUAUUAAUGGUAUACUUGCGGAUAUCAAUACAGACCGCGAUGUUGCUCACAUGGCAGAUGGAAGGGUUCGAGGAAAAAAUGUCUUCAAAAGAUAUUACCUUGAUGAUUUUCUGAGAUUUUGCUUCCAGAACUUCGAGCUAGGGAUAUGGUCUUCGAGAAUGAAAGUAAAUGUGGAUGCUGUUCUUGAUAUCCUUAUGAAAGAUCUCAGGCGACACUUGCUAUUCUUCUGGGACGCUUCUCAAUGCACUACUACUAAUCGUGGUACUCUUGAAAACCGCUACAAACCAUUAGUAUUGAAGGAACUAAAGAAACUGUGGAAUAAAGAGGACCCUGAUCUUCCAUGGGAGCAAGGGGAAUUUUCACCUUCAAAUACUUUGCUUGUGGAUGAUUCUCCUUACAAGGCUCUGCGCAAUCCGCCACACACUGCCAUUUUUCCACAACCCUAUAGCUAUCAUAUGGAGGAGGAUGAAUCAUUGGGACCAGGUGGAGAUCUUCGUGUGUAUCUAGAGAACAUUGCUGCUGCAGAUGAUGUUCAGCGGUAUGUCCAGGAGCACCCUUUUGGUCAACCUUCCAUUACUGAGAGUCAUCCACAUUGGAAUUUCUAUGCGAAAAUACAUUGCACUGGAUAGACUCGAAUAUUCAGAUAGACGUGCAUGGUUGUGAGCUUCCGUACAGUGUCAGCAAGAGAUUUAGUGGGGCUUGUGUUGGUUGUUGGAUGGCAGGAAGUCCCGCUCUCAAGUUUUGUUUGUUCACUUAGCAUGGCUGCCUGUAGGCCUGUUUUGUUGCAUAGAUCAGUGGUCAGAAGAUAUAGCCGAUUCCAACAAUUUUGAUACUUUGUUUAGCUACGUGCUUAUCCUAAACUAGACGAACAUGUGAGCUUUGCCUCGCCGCCUGCAUGACGUUUUCUCACAGCGUGACUGGUGCGAGUUAUUUGGUGGCAGUAAACCUUUUAGCUUUGUUUGAUUC